AUGCCACGUGAAUUUAAAAUUGAUCAUGCAAUUAUGGUUAGAUUACCAAAAAAUACUAACACGAAAAAACGACGGAAAGAAGUACCAGAGCAAUUUGGCAAUAUAGCUAUGGACUCUUUUAA